AUGGCUUUGCAGAAGGCAGGGUUUCAGGUGCUCUUGUGCGGGCCUGGGGACGCCAAGAGUCUCGCCGACCACUUCAAAGUCCCCUUCAUGAGGACCAGGCUGAGCCACCAGCAGAUCCUGGAACAUCCCCAGAUCAUUGAGGCCAUGACGCACAACGAUGUGGCCAAGAUCGCGGGGAUUGCCGACGAGGUCAACCAACCGUAUCGCGAAGAGAACAUCAAAAACACCUACAACGCCAUAGUCGACUUUGCCCCGGACCUGGUCUUGUGUAGCCCUGUGUGCCUGUCGGAAUACUUGGCCUUCGCCAACGCGCUCCGUUUCCCGGUUGUGAUGGUGGCUCUGCAGCGCAUGAGACCGAGCAGGUAUGUGGCCCCACUUGGACUGCCCGACCUGGGCGUAGUGAACAAGUUGGCGUGGAAGAUUCUGGUGCCUAUCCUUACGGCUGUGACUCGCAAGACCGACGCCCCCCACAUCGAAAAGAUCUCGGGCAAGGACGAGGUAUAUCCAUCCUCCGAGCAGCUCCUGGAUCACUUGAGCUGCGAUGCCGGCUUCUGCAACCUCGUGGCGGAGAGCGAGGCGCUUUGUGGAAGGCUUCCACCCGACUUCAAUGCCAACGCGCGCCUGAUUGGGUCAUUGAUGAUACCACCAGAGGACCAGGAUGGCGCAGACUUUGGCACGGAGCAAGCAGCAGAGAUGGAGGCGUUCCUGGCAAAAGGGGCUGCUCCUGUCUACAUGGGCUUCGGAUCUAUGAUCUGCAAUAGCUCCAAGUGGAUGCUGCUGCUGUGCUUGCGCGCUCUGCGUAUCUCCCGGCGCAGAGGCAUCCUGCUCACGGCGCACUCCGAGAUGCGCGCCGAGCUGCUCGAGGAUGCGCCGGACGCCGCGGAGCUGCUGGAGUUCUGCCAAACCCAGGUCUUGUUCAUGAAGUGGGCGCCCCACGGCACACUCUUCCCCCGGUGCUCGCUCAUCGUGCACCAUGGGGGCUGCGGCACAAUGGCGUCCGCCGCCCGCGCGGGCAAGCCCAUGAUCGUGUGUCCAGUAGCCAUGGAUCAGUUCCUCUACGCGGAGCUGGUGAACGCGCGUGGCUUGGGCAAAGGCUUUGCUGCGCUGAAGCUGUUGGAGCCUGAAGCCUUGUCCAGCGCCAUGGAGGAGUGCCUCAAGUCCACGAGCAUUCAAAGCACCGCCCGGGAGGUGGCCGAGGCCAUGAAGAAAGAGGACGCAGCGGGGAAGUUGGUGGACUUUGUUAAGGAGUAUAUGGAGGAUUUCGUGAAAACCGGGCGGCACCUGAAGAUCCAGGACGAGUUGGCGCGGCAGAGGGCCUCUCGAGGUGCGGCCGGUGCGAGAUGGAAACGCUGGUGCCGUCGCAGGCAUGGCAAGAUUUCGUGCGCAGCAGGUCGCCCGAAAUUCCGACCUCCGCCUUGGUGGAAUGUUGCGACGAGCUCUCCCGCGCCCGGUGCGACGACUUCGGCCUGUGGCGGCUUCUGGGGGACGAGCUGGCUGAGCGCCUCGAGAGUCGAGGUGCAAGGUGCCCAACCGCCCUUGAAGCCGUGUCGCUGCUGCGGUCCCUGGCCGGCGUUUCCUGCCGCUGGGGGCCCAGCCAGAGGUCAUCGCAAGGCGCUGCGCGCGCUCGAGCUCUUCCCGCCAUUGAGGCAGGACUUGCGGCCCGGGGAGGCGCUUCGGCUGCUGGUCGCCUGCGGCCAGCGCCGCGGACCGGUUUGGGGGGCUUUGGUCGAGGUCAGAGAAGACAAGUUCGGCGACAAGCAAGGCGCGCGGAAAAGAGACCAGCAUCGCAGCACCAGCAUUCCAGUUUCUGCGAAGGAGAAGCAGCUGGCAGCCACCUACUGCUGUUCACAAGCGGAGCGAGCAAGGCCGCCGUUCCUCUCGCGAAACGGGAAGGAGCUCGUCUUAGGCAUCGAAGGGCGAGGCCGAGCGAAGCUGCAGCCGCUGUGGCCGCCGCCCUCCUCGCACUUCUUCCGGGACCUCUUCGCGCGGCAGCUGCCGCGGCUGCGGGUGGCUAUCUUCAACGCACUGCCGGGGUCACGCGUCUCCCCCCACCCGGCGGCCAUAUGCUGUAGAACUGCUUUAGUGACUACGCCCUGGUUCUACAGCAAGGCUGUGGCACGGUUCACCCAAACUUCGGCAGUGCACAUGGAGAACGGCGCAUGGAUGAGCGUGCUGCCACCGGUCAAGGUCGAGCUGUUGCAGGCAGAAGACAUUUGCGCUGGCCGCCUUGUUCGACCUUCCGGGCCGUACAGCGCGGGCUACGAUGUGCUACUGGUGCCAGGGGGCUCCGCCAAGGCGGACUUCCUGGCUCUGGGCCCAGAGGGCUGCGAGGCGCUGCGCGGCUUCGUGGAGAGCGGGGGCGGCUACUGCGGGGUUUGCGCCGGCGCCUUCUUGGCUCACCGCCUCAGGCUGCUGGAUGCUGAGAAGAGGAUCAGGUCAGCCAAAUGCGACAGCGAUGAAAGUGACGAGGAGAGCCACGUGAAGGCCAGUCGCCAGCCCUUCCUCGUGAAGGCCAAGUUCACGUCCAAGGGCCGGAAGCUUCUGUGGCAUGAAGGACGCCCAAAGUCCGCCGAAGUUGAUGAGUCCAUGAAGGGGGAAGUGUGCAUGCGGUACCACAAUGGCCCGCUCCUGGUGGUGGGAGCUUCCGCAAAGGCUCUUUGCCGAAUGUCGGCUUUGGAGGAGGCCCAUGACGCACAGGGCACACUGACCGGCUCCGCUGGGAUUGUAAUGCAAAAUUAUGGCGGUGGCCGAGUUGUAGCAAUCUCGCCGCAUCCAGAAUCAACGACGGAGCUCCUGGUUCCUGAGCCGGGCAAGGAGCGCCUGCGCCGAGUGCUGCAGCGCGCCGUGCUGCUCUCCGCCGCAGGGCCGGCAGCUCAUAGCCCCUUGGGAAAUGGGGCUCAAAGGCUGCUCUCAGCCGCCUUCAAGGAGCCUUAUAACUGGGGUUUGCCUGAGGCAACACCCAUGUACGCUUUCGGCCAGCACAGGCUCCGCGCCUGCGAAGGCUUGGCGCCAAAGGCGUGCCAGCUCAUUGCCAGGCAUCUUGGAGACGAGAUUUUCCCGCUCCUGACAUCCCUGCAAGCUGUACAUGCGAUCGUGCGGUUGUCGCUUCUUCCUCCCGGCGAUGACAGGUUUUGGAGCAUUUGGGCGGUGUGCCGUGAGAGGGCCUUGCGGGGUUGUCCCGAGAGAGAUCAGGUCACCGCCUUUGCGGCCGCAGUGGCCUUGCAGCGGUGGGCCUGUGCUGCGCAGCUGGCGCGCCGGGCAGGCCAGGGGAACGAACUGGAUCUCGGCGUGUGGAUGGGCAGCCUGGCGCUACUCCUAGGCUUGCGCGGUGGAGCUGGGCUGCGUGAGGGCUUGAAGGCGCUCGAGGCAUCGGCGCGCUCGCACAAAGGCGUCGCCAGCCCUUUGGCGCGGCAGCUCCUCACCUUCGCGCUGGUGGCCCGGCACCUCCGCUCAGGCCCCGUGCUGCCGUGCCUAGCACCUCUCCUGGCAACCUUUGAGGUCCCUGCGUCGGCAAGGCGAUGCAAGUCAAGGCUGCAGGAGGAGGUCCUGCAGAGUUUGCUGAUAGUGGUCCACUCUGCCGCCAGCCCUAUCAAAGGCCAGCCUUGGAUCAGCGUGGAGGUCAAGCUGACCUUGGCAGAGGCGUGGCCGAAGCUGCCUGAUAAGGCGUCGUUGCGCGAAGCCCGAGCUGCGGUGGCAGCACGCCUAGGGCGGGAGCCCCGGGUCCUCGCGCCGCACGACGCGCUCCUGAAAAAACUGGGCUGGGCAGACCGCCGCGUGGUCACUGCGGCUGGGCGAGGAACAGCGCGGAAAGCUCGUCUUUGGGGAGGAUAG